UAUUCGUUCGCUCGAAAACGCUCGUGUUCACUUCUGUUCCUCGUGCGAGUGGACCGAGGUGCAAGAGCUACAGCAGCAGCGCCAAGGAGAUAAUUCUCCAUUUUACAUUGCAGUUCGAGGAAGAACAUGGCUGCUGCAAACCCCAGAAAGUGGCCUCAGAAUAAAGCAGUUUGCGCCCUUUGCCCAUAUGCUUUGCUAGUGCCAAGCAAGUUAGAUUGUGGUCACACCGUUUGCGGCCCCUGCAUAACCCAGUGGCAGUGGAUCGCUUCUGGAAAAACCCUUUGCCCUCUGUGUAAAAUGGCUGCCCAAGGACAGGAGAGCAAGCCAGGCAGGAAGCGGAUCAACUUUACGGAGGCAGUAUUACCACUGAAGGAUCAGAAGAGGAUGGAGGCCGAAGGGAGGAGAGCUGUGUGUUGGAUCCACAAGGAGCCCCUGGACCUCUUCUGCAAGGACGAUCAGGUCCCCGUCUGUGAGACAUGUAGCAUGUCCAGGGAGCACAGGAAGCACAACGUGGUUACCAAGAAGCUGGCUGGCCAAGAGUACACGGAUUGCGGUCGUAGAUCCCGUGAGAUGCCGAGUGAAGGAGAGAGAGAAGACAUGGUGGUGUACCGAUGGAUAGGAGGAGAUGAAAGCAAAGACCAGCCUGACCACAGUUGUAGCUCCCUUGAGAUGCUGAGUGAAGAGCAGAGAGAAGACAGGGUGGUGUAUAGAUGGGCUGGAAGAGACGAAAGUGAAGACCAGCCUGUACAUAUGUCUGCUCAGUGAAAAGUGAAGAAGGGGAGCUGCUGUGUUUUUGUUUGACUUUUAACUUCUAUAACAAUUUGCUGCAGUUCAGUACAAUGCAGUAUAUAUCAGAGGUGCAGUGUAGCUAGCUACCUAAAUCUAGUACCCUUCUGUCUUUCAGGUAUGCAGUACAGCAAGAGAAUUAUCAUCCAAAACAAAUUAGGAUAUUUAAAAAUAGGGAUGGUUCAUAGUCCUUCCUAUGUCAGCCAAAUCCAGAUGCAUGCUGCAGGCCCAGACCUGUUCUUGUGUGUUUUAUAUGUAUUUUCAAUAAAGUUAUUAGUCCUCAGUAAA